AUGUUCAAGAGUAGACGAUUCAAAGGGGUAUCUAACGCGAUCAAAUCUGCGUCUAGCAGCGAUAUCUCUUCCGGUGUGAGCUCUAAGAUGUUUGACGUGCGGGAAAUUAGCCGUUACGGAAUGAAGGGGCAGGUUAAAGCGUUCGCAUUUGAUCCAGUACAAAGUCUUCUCGCAAUUGCCACUGAUGCAGGAGAGAUUCACGUUUAUGGAAAGCAACAGGUGGAAGUCGUUUUUACGCUGGAAUCCAAGGCAGUGGUAACAGAGCUCAGGUUCGUUAAGGGAAUUUAUUUAGUAGCUCUGGACGCCAAGGAUUCGGUGAUUAUCUUAUCACUCCAUUCUAAGAAAGUGCUAGCUGCUUUUUUUGCGCCAGGUAAAAUCACUUGCAUCGAGACCGACCCUUCGUUAGAUUGGAUGAUCAUUGGUCUUCAAAGUGGAUCUACUGUCAUCUACGACAUCGAUAAAGAUUGCAUAUCUCCAGUGCGAAUUGAAAAUUUGCAAAAGUUGACUCUCCCAAAAGAGUCACUGUCCGAGGUUGUUUCUCUGCAAUGGAACCCUAGAGACUAUGGUUCAAUUCUCAUAUCAUACAAAUUGCUAACUGUUAUCUACUCUAUCGUAGAGAAUAAGAUCAAACAGCAAUUCGUCUACGAACUGCUACCCGGUGCCCCUGGUGGGGACCAAACAGGAAAUCUGCAAGCUACCAGAUAUCCUGAAGUUGUACAGUCCAUCUAUCACCCCAAUUCUCUUCACAUUCUUACGGUGCACCGCGAUAAUUCUUUAGUCUUCUGGGAUGCAAACAGUGGGAAGUUGAUCCACGCCAGAUCGCUGUUCGAAACUGAUGUCAAUGUUCCCAGGCAAACACAGGAUCCAGGGCCCAUAGCCCAAUCAAGAGUCAUACAGGUCAAUUGGAUAUGCGCUGCAAAUCCCGAAUAUACCUCCCUACUCAUCGCAGGGGGGUCUAUUGGAGAGGAUGACAAAUGCCACAGUCUUACAAUGAUUGACCUAGGUGUAACACCGAUGUAUUCGGUCAGUUCUUAUGAAAAAAUGGGUGCUUAUUACGCUUCUCCGAAGCAGCAGAAGGUGUUCCCUAUUCCAAACGAGGCAUCGGUGGUAGAGUUUCUGCCACUAGCAAGAAAGUCGUGUUAUUUCGGAGGAAACCACGAUCCUGGUGUGGUGCUGGUACUUUUGGAUGACGGAGAAAUAGAAACGAUCUUGUACCCUUCAGGCAGUGUCUCUUACAAAGCAUCGUUAUUUCCUCAAAGCAUAUCAUGGAUUAGACCAACAGCUACUAAAUGUGUAGCCACAUCUGUUCCUAAAAGACUUUGGCUUGGCAUGAUGUCUUCGACUUACAAUAAAGAUUUCCUCCUGAAAGGUGGUGGUCCGGUUAAAAAGCCUCUGAGGGUGCACGACACGAGGUCUUCACUAGCAACCGGUCACAAAAAUGGGUCUGUGAGGAUUUGGGAUGCGUCCCAUGGUGAAUUAGAUGACAGUUCAGUUUUUGACGUUAGUGUUUCCCACGCCCUUAACAAGGCUUAUGGUGUAGCAGUUGACAACAUUUCUUUUGCUUCUGAAACCGCGGAGCUGGCGGUUUCUGUUGAUGGUGGAGAUGUUGUACUGUUCAAGUUUCAGGCGAAUCAAUACUUUGGCGCGGCGGAAAGUUCUAAUGACCUCGAAAUCAAACUCAGAAGAUUUUCUCUUAACGAAGUCAAAGACCUACUGGUGGACAUUCAAGACAGAGCACCGCGAAAGCUAAGGGAAGGAUUUUUGCCGAUCUGUGCUAUCCAUGCCAAUGCUGGCAAAAUAUCUGCUCUGAAAAAUAGUAACGUUGGUUUCGUUGGUAUCGGAUAUGAGGACGGCACUUUGAUGGUCGUAGACAGACGAGGCCCAGCAGUAAUUUUCUCACAAAAUUCGAGGACCAUAACAAAUGAGAGAAGUUCUUUCAUCACUAGCAUUGAUUUCUCUGUGGCAGAAUAUGGCGACGACAAGUAUUCGAGCAUUUUGCUAUUUUGUGGAACAGAUGUUGGUGAAGUUCUGAUUUGCAAGAUUCUUCCAGAUACUAGCGGGCGUUUUGCUGUCCAAGUCAUCGAUUUAUUGAAGACUAAUGAUCAAGGUCCUAUUUUGGCCAUAGAAUCUACUUCUAAAGAGUCUAGCAUCUCAUGUUCUGCCACCAUUGCAGCGAUGCAGGAGCUGUCAAAGGGCAAGCCAAUACCGGCAUUCACAAUGGUAGCGGGGUACAAUGAUGUCAGACUUUUCACAGCCGGUAAAUCUAAGGACACUCACCGAAUUUUCAAGUAUCCCAUCGCUACCGCGGGCCAAUGUUUCUUGCGUUUACCCGCCGCGGGCAGAACGACAUCUGCUACUGUGAUUGUGUGUCUUUUAACAAAUGGAGACGUGAAGGUUCUGACAGUUCCUGAGUUGCGCGAAUUGUAUUCAAGCCGCCUGCCCAUGGCCGUGCACUCCAAGUACAUCAAAGAAUCAUCAGUUUUGCGCAACGGAGAUAUAGUUGUCCGUGUUGGAAAAUGGGAGGCGAGUCUCUUGACUGUGUUGCGUGAAACUGUCUCGGAUCUGGAAAAGUCAAACGCAGAGGCAUGUCAGCCUGCCACGGACGACUUGUACAAUCCGGCCCUACGUAUCUCAUGCCGUCCGCAAGUUAACUCGUUACAGUGGGCAAGGGGCUCUAUAGCCGUCAAGCGCAGCGAUUUAGAUCAGCUAUUCGGAACAGACCAAAGACCCUUCAAGUAUAAGGAAAGUGAUAUUGCCUGCGGGACUAUUUCUCACGAUCCACAAGAGGAGGUUUCCAACACACACCAGCUUGAUAGAAGUGCAACCGAACACGCUUACAAGUCUCCCGUGAGACACAAGACCCGUUCAGAGGCCUAUGGUACCAUGAAAUCUUUCUCGAGAGCGCUCGAAAACGGUAUGGAUUCACUAGAAGGCCGUUUUAACGACUACGCUACAGCCGCGGGCGAAACUAUAAAUGGUGCGGUCGAGCAAACGGGUUCUGACAUUAUGAAAGGAGCUUUCAGAUCCAAAAUGGGCUUUUGA